AGAAGAGGAGGCGGCGGCGCGGGUAGAGAGCCUGGAAACGCGAGCGGGGAUGGUAGGUGGUUUGGACCCACCGGGCCGCCGUCGUUUCCAGAAAGGGUUUGACUGGAGGAACCUCUGGAGCAGCUGUUGGCUGGCUCCUCUGGCUGAUGGCAUGUUGAGGCACAUGGGCCAGUGGCAGCGAGGGCAUCUGAUCCAGAGGGGGCCACUCUAGAGGCCAGGCCACCAGCACCAUGGGCCAGUGCGUCACCAAGUGCAAGAAUCCCUCAUCGACCCUGGGCAGCAAGAACGGAGACCGUGACCCCGGCGGCAAGCCACACAGCAGGCGGAGCGCAGGCCACCGAGAGGAACAGCCACCGGCCUGUGGCAAGCCAGGGGGGGAUAUCCUCGUCAAUGGGACCAAGAAGGCAGAGGCCGCCGCCGAGGCCUGGCAGCUGCCGACGUCCUCUGGAGAUGCUGGGAGGGAGCCCAAGUCCGACGCCGAGGAGUCUUCCCUGCAGAGGCUGGAAGAACUGUUCAGGCGCUACAAGGACGAGCGGGAGGAUGCAAUUUUGGAGGAAGGCAUGGAGCGCUUUUGCAAUGACUUGUGUGUUGACCCCACGGAAUUUCGAGUGCUGCUCUUGGCUUGGAAGUUCCAGGCUGCCACCAUGUGCAAAUUCACCAGGAAGGAGUUUUUUGAUGGCUGCAAAGCAAUAAGUGCAGACAGCAUUGAUGGGAUCUGUGCACGGUUCCCUAGCCUCUUAACGGAAGCCAAACAAGAGGAUAAAUUCAAGGAUCUCUACCGGUUUACAUUUCAGUUUGGUCUGGACUCUGAAGAAGGGCAGCGGUCACUGCAUCGGGAAAUAGCCAUUGCCCUGUGGAAACUAGUCUUUACCCAGAACAACCCUCCAGUAUUGGACCAGUGGCUAAACUUCCUAACUGAGAACCCCUCGGGGAUCAAGGGCAUCUCCCGGGACACUUGGAACAUGUUCCUUAACUUCACUCAGGUGAUUGGGCCUGACCUCAGCAACUACAGUGAAGAUGAGGCCUGGCCAAGUCUCUUCGACACCUUUGUGGAGUGGGAAAUGGAGCGAAGGAAAAGAGAAGGGGAAGGGAGAGGUGCACGCAGCUCAGGGCCCGAGGGCUUGUGUCCCGGGGAGCAGACUUAGUGGCUCUAGCCCAGGAGCAGCAGUAGCAGCAAGGGUCUGCCUGCUGCCCUGCAGCCAACCGAGGAAUUGGACCUUUCUGGAAAUUACUGAAGAUCCAGAUAUUUUCUACUUUACACCUUUCUCUGCCUUGUAUCUGAAAGGGCUCUAAAAUGCUGUAUCAUGUUUUAGGCACUUUCUUCACUUUUUGGUUAUUUCUUUUUGGGGGGGUCCCCCAAAAUAUUUGAACCUGG